CCAUGUCAUCAUCGAGAACCUGUGUUGGCACCUCUUCCAGGUUGGUGGUGAUAUUCUCCCGGUCUGCCCGUCCUAUGUUUGAAGUCGCCUGCAUUGCUGGAAAUCGUUUACUUAGGAUCUCCAUAAGAAGUCCAUCUGGACUUGGAGGCGUCUCUUCCCGAGAUAGACCAAGGGACAUCGCGAUAUGGUCUUGUCUGCAAAUCGACUCGGUAAUGCUUGUCGCAAUAAUUGCCUUGUAUCGGCUGAAUAGCCAUCCCAGCCCCUGUUCCACAGGUGUUUGUGCAAGCUUUUUCAGAGUUUUCGAGAGCACGGUCAAUGCUUCAACUAGGUUCCAUUGCAGAAUAGACGGUGUUAUACGUAAAACUGCUGCAGUACAUAGUUCGCGAACGUGUUCUUCCGCUGCUAGCAGCUCCACGACCUUUCUGAUGGCCGAAUCUACGACACCGGGCUCCAAACUUCCUAUCAAAGUGGACGCUUCGCUAAUUGUAUCAGUGGUAUCCGGAGCUAAGUCUUCGCGAUGAGCCCCAAUGGAGUCUAGAUGCAACACUUCAGCUGCCGUGACAUCAUUCUUGAUGUUU